AUGGCGCGCCGCCCUGUGGUCUACCUCUUCACAGUUCAUUUCCUAUCUUGUAUUAUUGUAUGUCGACAAGACAACGGCAGGCCAAGAGACCAAAACACAGUAUCCGAGUCUUCCAGAAGAUUUCGCGAGGAGUUCCUAGAGGACUGGCCACAGGCACCGGGCGCGCCGUACUUCGACCCUACUACAGAUUUCAACGUAACCGGUUUAGUAGGACACCCAGUAACGUUGUUAUGUAAAGUGAAAAACUUGCAGAAUAGAACGGUAUCCUGGGUACGUCAUCGGGACAUUCAUUUGCUGACAGUGGGUCGCUACACAUACACAUCCGACCAGCGUUUCGAGGCCCAACACAGGCCACGCUCCGAAGAGUGGGCGUUACAUAUCCGCAGUCCACAACGCCGGGAUUCUGGACAGUACGAGUGUCAGAUAUCCACCACGCCGCCUAUCGGUCACGCAGUCUAUCUUCAUAUCGUAGAACCUGAAACAGAAAUAAUGGGGGGCCCAGAUCUUUUCAUCUACGCAGGAUCUACGAUCAAUUUAACGUGCAUUGUAAGGCAUACCCCAGAACCACCGAGUACCAUUAAUUGGACCCAUAAGGGGAAGACUAUAAACUUCGACUCGAGUCGGGGUGGUAUAUCCCUUGUGACAGAGAAAGGUACUCACAGCAGUAGUAGGUUGCUAGUGCAAGCUGCUCGGACGACCGACGCAGGCGCAUACCAGUGCGUGCCAGACAACGCCAAGUCGGCCACAGCUAGGGUCCAUGUGCUCACGGGUGAAACUCCAGCAGCAAUGCAAGGCAGUGCUCAAUGGGCGAGCUGUUUGAGUUUAUCAGCUCUCCUCAUCUUGACUAGUAUAGUGCAUAAUUUAAACAAUUAUUUCGAUAAAUUUCAAACUUCUACUGGACUAGUGUAA